AUGGCAGAAAAAGCCAGCCAAGAGCAAGCCGCCAAAGACAGAAUCAUCAGCCACAUGAACAAGGAUCACCAUGACAGCAUCGUGCGUUACCUCGAGCACUAUGGGAAGCGGUCUUCUCUAAGCGCAUACUCAGGCCGAAUGACAGAUGUCGACCUCAAUGAAUUGACACUCUCUUGCCAAGGAAAGACGUAUCGCGUCCCAUUCGAGCCGGCGAUGUCCUCAUACAGAGAAGCUCGCAAGCGAGUGGUCGAACUCGAUAAGGAAUGUCGCAAAGCCUUAGGUCAUUCAGACGUGACUGUGAGGCAAUACGUACCGCCGAACAAUCUCAUAUAUCGUCUGGAAUUCCUCAUCAUCUCGGCGACGUUCAUCUCGUACAGCCAAAGGUGGUGGUUCGCCGCGGGAGGUCCUGUCGAGCGACUACUUGGAUCGACAUUCGCCCACUUUAGCUGGACGAUUCAGCCGUGGUUGCUUGCUGCGAUGGUUAGCAUCCAUGGAGCAGAGGCAGUGUACUUCGCGCUCCACAAGUUGCGAACUCACUCAGUCAAUCCGAGAUCAUCCACUUGGUGGCUUUGGACUUUCAGCUGUUUCAUCGAGGGACAAUUCGUAUAUCGACGGUUUGAGGACCUGGUCAAGUCGCAACGGGAGAAGCAGAAGCAUUGA